AUGGAGAAAAGUGGCUCAGUUGCCGUCAUAGGACUAGGACCCGCGGGCCUUGUGGCGUUGAAGAAUCUCAAGGAGGAAGGGUUCGAAGUUGUCGGAUUCGAUCGGAAUAGCUACAUCGGAGGGCUAUGGCAGUAUUCGACAGAGGAGCAGACGUCGGUCAUGGAGACCACUAUGGUCAACUUCUCCAAGGAGCGCAUGUGCUUCACAGACUUUCCGUUUCCUGACCAUAUUGCUUCGCAUCCCACUGCAGCCCAGGUGCAGCAGUACCUUGUAGCCUACGCCACUCACUUCCAACUCGAAGCCUCGAUUCGGCUCAAUACCCACAUUGCCCAGAUUACGUUUGACCAAGAACGACAAAAGUGGAUCGUGCAGGUCCAGGGGGAGGAUACACAAUACUUUGACAAGGUAGUCAUAGCUACUGGCGGCAUGGUUAGCAAGGCACACAUGCCAACGGUCGAGGGCAUGGACAAGUUUGCUGGUAUAAGCAUACACUCGCAAGCAUUUAAGCGUCCAAGCGACUACAAGGGGAAGAGAGUCAUGGUCGUAGGGUUUAGCAACAGCGCGGCAGAUACGGCAACCCAACUGGCUGGCAUUGCAGAUAAAGUUUACAUUGCGCACCGUCAUGGGGCAAGAGUUCUACCACGACACAUCAACGGCGUCGCCAUAGACCAUACACACAGCCUUCGUCUCUUCAAGUUCCAAAGCCUCAUGACCAAGUACUUUCCAAAGUUCAGUGACAAGCCGUUCGAUAGGUUGAUCAAGAGAAUACAAGAUAAGAGUUUUCAUGUUCGCCCCGAGUGGCGCUUCGAGCCAGCGGGCAAGGUGCCCAUCGUAUCCGACAGCCUGGUUCCCUGCCUGGAAGAAGGCAGUGUUUCAUCUGUUGCAGGGGUAAAGCGAAUUGUGUCCGAGACAAAGGUAGAGCUCGACGACGGAAGCAGCAUCGAAGUCGACGUCAUAGUAUGGUGCACAGGGUACAAGUCUGACUUUAGCAUUAUCGAACCAAAGUUUGAUCCCACGUGUCGUCCACAGCGGUGGCUGGAUGCACCGGGGUCAAACGGCAAGUCGCUGUUUCGGCUCUACCACAACGUCUUUUCAGUGGAGAAGCCGGAUAGUCUGGCGUUCCUAGGCAACGUGCAGAUCACAAUUGCAAACUUUCAGCAGUUUGACCUGGCCACCAUGGCCAUUGCGCAGGUUUGGGCCAACAAGUCGCAGCUGCCCCCUCGCGACGCAAUGAUUGCUGCAGUGGAAAAGGAGCACGAAUGGCUCAUUGAUCUGGCACGGCGCACCCCAAACGUGUCGCCAGGCCACUGCAAUAUGGGUGUAUGGAUACGAGCCAUGGACCGUCUCGCUGGAACAGGAGUCAACGAGUAUCUGGGCUACGGGCCGAAGGGCUGGGGAUUCCGGCUCAGAGAGCCAAAGUACAGCAACCUCUUGACGGGAGGCAUCUGGAGCCCACAUAUCCACCGUGUUUUUGAUGGUAAGAGGAAGCGUUGGGAUGGUGCCAAGGAGACGAUUAUCCAGACCAACCAGAGAGUUCGCGAGUCGAAGCGGACAAAGGGGGGAGCUGCUUGA